AGGAAAAACAAAUCUAAAUAGCAGGGAGUUCGGGGAGGCAAUCCAACGAUCGAAAUUCGUUCACAAUUGGUUGUGUGGACCCCGACCCACUGGAUUCAAAAUAAUAGGGCACUUUCUUUUCUUUCUUCCUCUAUAGACGUUGACGCUUCUGUAAGAAACAAAGAUUCGGUUUCAUUGAUUUCCACUUUAAGUUUUAGGGUUUUCGAUCAGAAAAAAUGGCAGGUGAAGCGGGUUUUCUCAAAUCGUUGAAGCCAAGGAUUCGUAUUCAAUCGGAGGACAUCAAAUCCGCCGCCUUAUGGGGCUUCGCUGCUACCACCACUGCUCUUUGGGUCGUUCAGCCAUUUAAUUGGUUGAAGAAGACCUUCCUGGAGAAGCCGGAGCCCGAGAAAUAAACUGGGUUUUGAUUAUUUUUCUUGUUUAACUCUCUGGUCUUAUGUGCAUUGCUGACAAUUGCAUCCAUAAAGAAAAAGUUGAAUUGACGAGACAAUUUUGAUAAGGGAUUAUUUUGAAUAAUAUGGUGUAGUUUCAAUUUCUUGCUUCA